ACGCCGGUCUGGUCCCAGUGGGCUUGGAGAUGUGCGCUAGCGUUUGUUGGUAGUGUUUCUCGCCUAGCACACUUGACCAGAAUUGAACGCUGAAAGCACAUGACAUAACCAAACUUUUCGCGGGUGUUUACGUGAGUGUGUUUCGGUUUACGUUUUUUUUCGGUGUGGUGUGCAGAGUGCUUUGAGCAUUCUGCAAAAGACAAUUUAGCAAAAUUCGCGUCAAAAACAGAGAACCCGUUCCCGUUUAUGCCAUGGAAAUGGAUCCGCAAGAACGGGAAAGUGAUCUGGGGGAUGAUAGUCCGGUGUCCCACAAUGACGAAGAAAUAAGUGACGGUGACGGAGAGUCGGGCCGCGAACAUGACGAUGUUGAUAGCUGUGAUGAGAUAAGGAGGCACGGGGGCGGAAUUCUGGCAGAUCACGGAGAUGUUCUUGCAAAGUUGAAAAUGCAAGUUAGGGACAUCAAGGUAGGGGACGACUUCGAAAACGCCACCCGCCACCUGAAUUUCCCCCUCACAAAUCGAAGCCUGCAGGAUAAUUUCCAUUUGCCGGCUCCGUUUCCAUUUCCACACCCGAGUACACCGUUCAUGACACCUCUUUUACCACCACCAGCAGCUCCAUCUUCGGGGAGUUCACACUCGUCGGAAGGUAGUGCAUCCUCACAGCACACCUGGUCGUUCGAAGAACAAUUCAAACAGGUGCGUCAGUUGUAUGAAAUCAACGACGACCCCAAACGGAAAGAAUUCCUCGACGAUCUCUUCUCCUUCAUGCAGAAACGGGGUACUCCGAUCAAUCGACUGCCCAUCAUGGCCAAAUCCGUUCUCGAUUUAUACGAAUUGUACAAUUUAGUCAUCGCGAGGGGUGGACUUGUUGAUGUCAUCAAUAAGAAACUCUGGCAGGAAAUUAUCAAAGGGCUGCAUCUACCGUCGUCGAUAACGUCGGCAGCUUUCACACUCAGGACGCAAUACAUGAAAUACCUGUACCCUUACGAAUGCGAGAAACGCCGCCUCAGCACACCGGCCGAGCUCCAGGCGGCCAUCGACGGCAACCGUCGCGAAGGCCGCCGCAGCAGCUACGGCCAGUACGACUCCAUGCAGCGCUCCCCCAACCCUUCGCAGAUGUCUCCUUUGUCCCUCGUCUCCCAGCAGCAACAACUCGCCGCCCGCAUGAACUCCGUCAUGAGCGGUGGCAUGGCCCUCCACAACGGCGCCCACCACCCCAGCCACCCCCAGCCCUUGGGUCAGCCGCUCAACGGCGGCCCGCUCCCUGGCCUCGCCCCCAGCGAGUUCGAGGCGCGCAUGAUGGAAUACGUCAAGCUCCUCAACAAGGAAAUCCGCAGCUCGGCGGCUACUCCGCCACGACAAGGGGACGUGUCGCCCCCUAACGCCACCUCGCCACUCAACCAGCUGGAGCUGUCGCGGAUAACGCUCUGGAAUAUGUACAAUAAUAAUCAACCCCCCGUCGAGCCGCAAAAGGAAGCGUUGAAUCUCUCCGACCCGACGCAGCCUUCGGUGAAACGGGAGCCGGAGCAUAGAGAUUCGCCACCGCCCCCGAAGAAGUUUUCCAAAGAUGAUGAUGAACAGAAGAUCUCGCCCGCCACGCAUAUCAAGAUUAACAGUAGAGGGGAUGCGCGUAACGGAGACAGUUCCUUAGUAGUCAGUAUGGAAUUAAAUGGAAUUACAUAUCAAGGGGUCCUAUUCGCGCAGUCUUCGCCAUCUAGCGGCCGAACGGCGAUGGCCUCGUAAAGGGAACCUCUCUGAAUGUGAUGUAGAACCCUAAUUUGGCGGUCUGUGUGGCGCCAAAUUGGACACGCUUUUCAAUUGUUUUAUAUUUAUUAUUUUUCUAGUUGAGUGUUUUUAGUGAUCUAGUGCUCCAGGAACUAUGUGCACUUUUUAUAAUAUGGAUGUUUUUUUUUUGUAAAGCUGUAAAAUCCGUAAUGGCAUCGCAUUAAAUACAUGUUUAAGUACAAAAGUAAUUGUCUAAUGUAUAAAAUAGAAUAAACGAAGUUUAUGGCACAUUGAGCGUAGAGAUUUGGCUUCAUUAGGCUAUUGUAACUGUUGGUCGUCUCGAAAAAUAUGGAUAUUAUGACAUAAAUCAAGAGAAACGACAGUUUUAAUGUGCCACCAUACUUAAAACUUCCCAUUUUGCAACUUAGAAUACUUAAAUCUACUUACGUACAUGGCCAGUCUACAAGUCAUUGUUCAUUUGUCUAACCAUGAAACUCUUUGUGGGAAAUUAUUAAUUGAGUAAAUUUAUUUUUUGAGCCGUUGUAACAAAGUUUGAAUAAUUUGGUUUCCCGCGAAUGCUUCAUGAGGCGCACGUUUCAAUUUUUGUUUGAAGAUUUACAAAAAUAUCUCGGCAACGUUUUUGUAAAUAGCUAUAAAUACUUUAGUAUCAGUAUUUGAGGAUAUAUUCGUGUGUUAUAUAUUUUUUUGUAUAUCUACCAAAAGACUGUUAUUUUAUUAAUUUUAAAUAUAUUAUUAGGAUAAAACAGGUUAGACUAUUUAUUAAGUGAUUUUAGUGUAUUUAUGAAAUCAAUUAUUGUGUAGCAAUAUUAGCCGUAAGUGUAGAUUAUAUGAAAAUUACUGUAGUUCCAAAAGUGUAGUCCUAGUUCAUAAAUGACAUCCGAUCAUCCCUACAAACUUUGUGAAAAUUUGUUAAUUUUUUUGAUCUGAUUAUCUCAGGGAUAUUUGAUGGUAAUGUGCAAAACAUAUUCCUGCUUUCAUUGUGUUCUAGUUUUUCGUUCAAAGUUUGUAAGUAUUUAAGGCGAAAGGCCAGCAUUCUAAUUCAAUGUAUUACUGUAAAUACCAACCUAUCAUUAAACAUACUCGUAAAA